GGUUCGUGGCCACUGUGUUUGUUCGUCGGCCACAGCCUCCCGUUCGUGGGCAUCGUGGGAGCCCCGCGCGCCGCACACCCCUCCUCCCGCUCCUACGAUCUCCAGACCUUCGCCUUCGCCUCCUCCUCCGCCGCGGCGCUUCGGCUCCCGGUCGCCGGCGAUGUGGUCGCGCUGCUCCGCAGGCUCCGCCGUGGCGCUCUGCGGCGGCCGCGGCGGGCACCGCCUGCUGUCCUGCGCCGCGGCGCGGCGGCGCGCGCCUGGAGCGUCCGCCUCCGCGAAGGGCAUCCCGCGCUCGGCCCUGCGCGCCAGCGUCACCCCCGAAUUCGUCACCGCCGCCCCCGACGAGGCCGUCGAGGAAUCUUCGGUGGAGCGUGAACCGGCGGCAGAGAACAAGCUCAGAAAGCUGGCAUGCCCAAUCUGCUACUACCCCCUCAUAAGCUCGAGCGAUCAGUCCGCGCCGGUCAGUGCUGCUUCUAGUUCUAGUCUUGAGUGUUCUACCUGCAAGAAAUUUUAUCCCAAUAGAGGGGAUUACUGGGAUAUGACUGUAGCAGUUGGUUCUACUGAGUACUCUGAAUCCACGACAGUGACAACUGAAGUUUUCAGGACUCCGCUGGUAUCAUUUCUUUAUGAGAGGGGAUGGCGCCAAAAUUUCAUUUGGAGUGGUUUCCCAGGCCUAGAGAGAGAGUUUGAAAUGGCUCAAACUUAUUUGAAACCGACAACUGGAGGGAUUAUAGUUGAUGCAAGUUGUGGAAGUGGCCUGUUUUCAAGAUUAUUUGUUAAGAGUGAACUAUAUUCUCUUGUUGUGGCACUAGAUUUCUCAGAGAACAUGUUGAAGCAGUGCAAUGAAUAUGUCAAGCAGGAAAACAUUUCAGAUAAGACAUUAGCCUUGGCGAGAGCUGAUAUAUCCCGACUCCCUUUUGUGAGCGGUUCAAUUGAUGCUGUCCAUGCAGCUGCUGCGAUCCAUUGUUGGCCAUCCCCAGCUUGUGCUGUUGCAGAAAUUAGUCGAGUCCUUAGACCUGGGGGCGUUUUCGUUGCUUCCACUUUCGUUGCAGAUAUUCUUCCACCAGCUGUACCGGUAUUGAGGAUAGGACGCCCGUACAUCAGCCAAUUUACCGGCAGUAAUAUCUUCUUAUCAGAAGCGGAGUUCGAAGAUCUUUGCAGAGCGUGUGGGCUUAUUGAUUUCAAGUUUGUCAGAAAUGGAUUCUAUAUAAUGUUCUCAGCUACUAAAGCAAGCUAAUUGAUCAACUGGACAGUCCUCUCAACCUUGUCCUGAAAAUCAUUGAUUAUGCACUGAUUCUCCGCGCCCUUUCUAGUUGGACUAAUAGUUUUACCUGAGGGAAAUGUGGUAUAGAAUAGUGAGUACAUACAUAUAUUUUGCUUUACCUAACCAUUUUGGUUGCUUGUACCUCAAUUUUUUUGUGUAUAGGACUCGGCGACUCGGCUCUUGCAAUCCUGUAACUUUUGUAUAUCGACUCAUGCUGCUACUAGUAGUAUAUACAGAGCAUAAACAAAUUUAUUGUGUUCACUAUUUAUUUAGGUCCCUUUGAUUCAAAGAAAAUUCAUAGGAAUUUUAAAGGAUUUCAUUCCUAUA